UGAUGAAUCUCACUGUAUUCAUAGAAAUACACUACCGGGAAAGUCCCCACAUCACGAGGACUAUUCAACCAAUCACAGACUAGAUAAGACGUAACACUUCUAUAUUUAGAAGGCAUUACAUGUUGCAUAAAAGCAGGCUACAUUGCGAGAUUGCGUUCUUUUGCUUUUUAAUGUCUUAGGACAGCAGUUUUGUGAAAUUCUCUACUAAAACACUUAAAUCAUCGUCAAGAGAUCAAGAUCUAUUUGUGGUACUGUGCUUACAGACAACAAAUACUUUCAAUAGCCUAUAAACACUGAAGACUCGAGAAUUCUCAAAGGUGACUAAAAUGCUGCAUUAAGGUCACUGUAUAAUUUUAUCAGUGAUGGCGGACAUUCAGAAAGUCAAGCUCUUCGUUUGGUUCUGUCUUUUAUGCGUGAGUGAUGAUUGGCUGACCGACGUAACCAAUAAUUCCCUAAUUUGCCUAUUGGAGGAAUGUUUAGUGAUGGUAACUUACUUUCACAAUAUCAUACAUGUUAUGAUAGUUUGCGGGAUGUUGGGAGAUGCUUAUCGCAAAUCGGGAGAAUACAAAAAAGCCAUCGAAUAUUAUGAAAAGACCCUUAGCAUUGCUAAACUCACUGGUGAGAGAAAGGUGGAAGGAAAUGAGUACAGUAACUUAGGAAAUGCCUAUGACUCAUUGGGAGAAUAUCACAAGUCUAUUGAAUACCAUGAAAAGAACCUUAGCAUUGCAAAAGAGAUUGGUAACAGAGUGGGAGAAGGAAGGAGUUACGAUAGCUUAGGAUGUGCCCAUCUCUCAUUAGGAGAAUAUCACAAGGCGAUUGAAUAUUUUGAGAAGGGCCUUAGGAUUGCAAAAGAGAUUGGUGACAGAGCGGUAGAAGGAAGCAGUUACGGAAUCUUAGGAAAUGCCUAUCAAUCAUUAGGAGAAUAUCAAAAGGCUAUUGAAUAUCAUGAAAAGCGUCUUAACAUUGCAAACGAGAUUGGUGACAGAGAAGGAGAAGGAAUGACUUACGGAAGCUUUGGAACUGCYUAUCACUCAUUAGGAGAAUAUCACAAGGCUAUUGAAUAUUAUGAAAAGCGAUUUAACAUUGCAAAAGAGAUUGGCGACAGAGAAGGAGAAGUAAGCAGUUACGGAAACUUAGGAAUAUCCUAUCUCUCAUUAGGACAAUAUUACAAUGCAAUUGAAAAUCUUGUGAAGGGCCUUAGCAUUGCAAAAGAGAUUGGUGACAGAGAGGGAGAAGUAAGAUUUUACAAAAGCUUUGGAAAUGCCUAUAUCUCAUUAGGAGAAUAUCACAAGGCGAUUGAGUAUCUUGGGAAGGGCCUUAGCAUUGCAAGCGAUAUUGAUGACAGAGAAGGAGAAGGAAUGACUUACGGAAGCCUUGGAAAUGCCUAUCACUCAUUGGGAGAAUAUCACAAGGCUAUUGAAUAUUAUGAAAGGAGCCUUAACAUUGCAAAAGAGAUUGGCGACAGAGAAGGAGAAGGAAGCAGUUACGGAAACUUAGGAAAUGCCUAUCAUUCAUUAGGACAAUAUCACAAUGCAAUUGAAUAUCUUGGGAAGGGCCUUAGCAUUGCAAAAGAGACUGGUGACAAAGAGGGAGAAGUAAGAUUUUACGAAAGCUUUGGAAAUGCCUAUAGSUCAUUAGGAGAAUAUCACAUGGCAAUUGAAUAUCUAGAGAAGGGCCUUAGCAUUGUAAAAGAGAUUGGUGACAGAGCGGGAGAAGUAAGCAGUUACCGAGACUUAGGAAAUGCCUAUGACUCAUUAGGAGAAUAUCGCAAGGCUAUUGAUUAUCAUGAAAAAAKUGCUGGCAUUGAAAAAGAGAUUGGUAACAGAGCAGGAGAAGGAAGCAGUUACGGAAGCUUAGGAAAUGCCUAUCACUCAUUAGGAGAAUAUCAUAAGGCUAUUGAUUACCAUGAAAAAAGUCUUAGCAUUGAAAAAGAGAUUGGUAACAGAGCAGGAGAAGGACGCAGUUACGGGAAUUUAGGAGAUGCCUAUUGCUCAUUAGGAGAAUAUCACAGGGCUAUUGAUUAUCAUGAAAUAUGUCUAAGCAUUGCUAAAGAAAUCGGUAACCGAGGGCUUGAAUCAACCGUUCUUCAUAGAAUUGGAAUUUGCUACAUGAAAGAAUCAAGCAUUAAAAAUCUUGAAAAAGCUSAAGAAAAUCUCCAAAACAGCAUUGAUUGCUAUGAAAAGAUAUUUGAUGACUUGAAAGAAAAAGACCAAUUGAAGAUAUCUUUUGUGGAUACCUAUGUUACAGCAUACAAACGUCUUAGCGAAGUUCAACUGAAAACUAAACAGAUAGAAAAGGCUCUUCUGGUAUGUGAAAGAGGACGGGCUCGUGCUUUAAGAGAUCUCUUACGUCUGCAAUACAACAAAAACGAAACRUSUCCUUCAAAACGAAAAAAGUUGGAGUUAGAUGAUGUCAAGACAGUUUCGUCCAGUAAUGAUAACUGUAUUAUUUUCUAUGAUCUUCAUCAAAGCGAACUGACAACCCGAUUCUGGGUUAUAUCUUCUCGAUCCAAUUCAAUCUUCGUUUAUGAUGAAGAAGCAGAACUUGAAGCUUUGGAAAAAUAUAUAUCCAAUCUGUCUCAAGAUGAGAAAACGAAUAUUGAAAAUUUAUAUUUGAAACAUCUUGUUGAAGACAGCUUUCUUUAUAUGAAUGUAAGAGUACAAACGAAAUGUGAGGACCGAUCGUUGGAGUCACUACAGAGUGAAAACYUUUACUCUGCGUCCUGUGAAACUACCSCUUCAAAACCCAUCGGACUUUCAUUCAAAGUUUGUCGCGAAUAUCUAAGAUGUGUCUACAUGGAAGAAGACGAUGGUACGCCACUGGAAAUGCUGUUUCAUCGAUUAGUUACCCCAGUGCUUGACAAGCUGACCACAGAGGAAAUUGUCAUUAUUCCGGAUGGACCUUUGUUCAUGGUACCAUUCGCUGCUCUACAGGAUCCAGAGACGGGUAACUUUCUAUCUGAAACCAAACGCCUUCGCUUGGCUCCUUCUCUGACGACUUUGAAAAUUCUACAAGAUUCUUCAGGUGAUCGUCACUACAAGUCAGGCGCACUGAUUAUUGGAGAUCCUGCCGUCGGUGAAGUCAUGUAUAAAGGGAUAAAGAGAGAUAUCUAUCCUUUGUCUGGUGCAAGAGACGAAGCCAUAAAGAUAGGAGAACUACUUGGAGUAGAACCUUUGAUAGGAGAGAAGGCAACAAAAGAAACAGUCCUAAGCAAACUGCAACAUGGUGUGUCUGUUAUUCACUUUGCUGCUCAUGGCAGUGCGAGAAAUGGAGAGAUUUUGCUGGCCCCUUCUAAACCUUCAUCAACAAACACAAAUACCCCAGAAGAGAAAGACUACAUUUUGACGAUGAAGGAAGCACAAGAAAGUGGAAUUCGUGCUCAACUUGUUGUAUUGAGCUGUUGCCAUAGUGGUCGAGGCGAUAUCAAAGCAGAAGGAGUAGUUGGAAUGACUAGAGCAUUUCUUGCUGCAGGAGCUCGAGCCGUUGUAGCGUCCUUGUGGGCMAUUGAUGAUCAAGCUACUAUGCUCUUUAUGGUGAAAUUCUAUUCACAUCUAAAGAAAGGAGAGAGUGCCAGUAGCAGCCUACAGCAAGCAAUGAAGGAGAUGAGAGAAUUAGAGAAAUACAAGGAUCCAAUGUACUGGGCUGCCUUCUUUUUAAUUGGCGAUGACGUCACUAUCACGAUGUAAUGGAAUAUUAGUUGCUAGCAAGAUCUAUGAAACCCGUCGCCCUUUAACAUACUACUGUUAUACUGACUUYAKAGUGCUUGGAGGAAAAAAUUAGGCAUGAAAUUGUUGCCUAGAAUUGGAUUUUGGCUUAAUCACCCGGGGGGGACUCCCUAAUAUCAAAGGGCGGGGGGUCCUCGGCGUCCCUUUUAGGGUUUGAAGUCGGUAUUUUGGUCCCACUUAGGGUGAUGAUGACGAGAAUUCCCACCAACUGAGUUUUGUGGUCCCUUUUAGGGUAUAUGACGUCCCUAAGCCGUCAUUAUGAGAUCAAAAAUCUGAGCUGCUAAUUAGAUGAUUGAUUUUAUUUUAAUCAAUUUCACGUCUUGUCACUCAACACUCCUUAAUAGGCGAGAUUACAUUUAYUUGAUUGGUCCCUUUUAGGGGGGAAAUUUCAGCACUACCACGCCCAUCAUCUCCAAAUACAGGUCCCUCUUAGGUGUCAUUUUCAUAAUUUCCACAGAGGACCCCCCRCCCUUUGAUAUUUGGGAUCCCCCCCGGGAUUAAUCAUAGCAAUGCAUUAGCUAUUUCUGUUCAAAUUUAUCUAGAUACGUUUUCUUAAUGUAUAUAAUCCUAAUGAAGGCAUUGAGCACAAACAAAUUUAAAAGCUCAAAGUUAUUGGGAGGGUAUUCCCAAAAUAAAACGUUUCAAGUAUUUUCAGCAAACUGCACAAAGUCGAGAGUAUGGCGGGUAGUGAACUAGGCCUGUACGYAUAGCCAGAUGUAAUAUGUAUUGGGGUCUGUUUGUGUCUCAGUGUUGUCAGAUAGGUUAUCAAAUUUGGGUGGCAGUAGCUGGUGACUAACUCUGGAAAAAAACCUAGYCUGAGUCCCAAACCUAAACCAAACAAUAAAAGUCAAGCAAAAUGGUGUCAAGACUGCAAUCUUAAAACAGAAAGUAUUAACUGGAAAGCUGUUUAUCUAUUGCCUUCUCGUUGCACUAAAGCCUCAAAACUUUUUUUUUUUUUCAAUUUAAAUUUUUGCACAGACGACUAGCAACAAAUGAUUUUCUUUAUAAAAUAGGUGUAGCAUCAAAUAAUUUAUGUACCUUCUSUAACUCUGAAAGAGAAACCUUGUUUCAUAUAUUUUGGCUCUGUAAGAAAACUUGCUCCUUUUGGCAAAAAUUAUACGAACAGUUAAACGAAAAACAGAUUUUUCAAAGUGUGAUUCCUUUCAACCCAGAAAUAUAUAUAUGGGUUUAAAACCCGAAGCCUUACAAAACUUAAACCAACAUUUUUAUUUACUUUUUGCCAGAUAUUUUAUCUGGAAUUGUAAAACUUCAAACAUUGYACCCAAAAUAGAAAAUUUUAAUAACUCUAUAUCAACUUUUACGACUGCUUACCAAUAUAGCAAUUCUAAGCCAGAAUAAUCUCGUGAUAACUAAUUUUGCAUUUUUCUCCUAAAUCUAAAAAUCAUCUAUUUUUGUUUUUUUUUUUAGCCAUGUAUGCCUUUUACCUUUCUCCUUUAAAACUUUUUUUGAGGACUGCUACUUUAUCUAUGUGUUUUUUUUCUUUUCCUCUUUUUGUGUUUUUUUUUUCCUUGUAUCUUGAUUUUUCUCAAAACAGAAAUUAGGAUUUAGAUCGACAACUUCAUAUUUUGCAUUGUARGAAAAUAGUGAUUGAAUUAGCAAUAAAUCUUGUGUGCUUUGCCUAGCAAAGUGCUCGUUAAAAUGUAAAUAAAAAAUCUUGUGUGAUUGGCCUACAGCCAAGCACUCUCUACAUGUAAAUAAAAAUCAUAUCGGACGUCUUGUGUACUUGGCCUACUGCCAAGUACUCCUUAAUUGUAAAAAAAAUGUUGUGUGCUUCGCUUAGCUAAGCACUCUUGAAAUGUAAAUAGAUCUAAAAUUUGAUAGUAUAUAAUAAAUUUUUUCAUUAAAAAAAAACAAAAAAAACUUGAAACCAGAGGAAAAAAAAAAA